GCACGUGCACUUGCCACCGCACUUGCAACCUCUGCCUGACACAGACGACGAGGAAGGGGACGAUAGACGAUCACGGACCGUGUCGCUGGGAAGCGGAUCCAUCCAGGAGUGGGCGGCUACAAAGCUGUUUGGAAGCCGCGACGACGGUAAAAUGCAGUCGUACACCGAACUCCUCCAGCAGGGGCUCAGCAACACCGAUUGCGAUGGCGGCGUGAAUCUGUCGUUUGGACUCGGCAGCAGGAGGUCGGCAGUCGUCUCUCGAACGGUCGUCAUGAACCCCCAUCCCGAUGACGAUGGCGGCGACGUGACGACUAUUCAGCGAUCACCCAGGUCUCCAGCGCCGCUGCGGGGGGCUUCGGGGAACAACAACGACCCUCCUAGGCAGCAAUUUCGGUCGCCAUCUGUGUGUAGGGGUGCCUCCGCUCGCCCCCAGUGGAUGCAGUCUCCGUCUCCCCUGUCCGCUGGUUCGAGUGCAGGUCGUCGUGUUGGCGAGUGUAGGGAGACGACACCUGCCGUUGCUGAUGUUGGUGACGCACGUGACGGAAGGGAGGUGUGGGCAGAACAGCGACGGUUGAUGAGGUCAGUGCGGGAGGAGUCCAUUACUCGGGGGGUGCAGCGAUUGCGUGUUGGGGAAGACGGGCACGACGGCGAGGAAGCAGGGGGGGACGUGCACGACCCCGACUGGAACGACAACGACGCUGAAGGUUGGGAGGACCACGCAACCAACAUUUCGUCGUCGAAGCAGGCGGCCGCUAUGGGAGGGAGGGGCGGGAAGACGAAGUCGUGUGGCGGUAAUGGUCGUCGGGGCAAAAGGACGGCAGGCAAGGGCAGCGAUGCCGAAGGUGACGUCGAUGGUGAAGGAGGUCGUCACUUCUGGUCCGUCAACGACAUUAAAACCCUCAUACGGGCUAAACGUGAUCAGGAUGCGCAUUUGCAAGGGAUGGGCCACGCGUACGCUCGGAUGAAGCCGCGAGAAUGGAAGUGGCUGGAUCAGUUCAAGAAGGUUCAUCAUUUCCAAGGACUGUCCGGGAAACAGGACUUCUUCCAAUUGUCUGGGAAGGACAGGAUGUCGAAGGGCUUCAGUUUCAAUAUGGAUCGUGCGUUUUACGACGAGAUACUGAGGUCGACCGCCAAGAACCACACCAGAAACCCGAAGAACGUCGCGGACACUGGCGCUCAGGGUGGUGUGCGUCUGCCGUCCGCCUCCUGUGCGGAUCCUGAAUCUGUGGGCGACGGGGGCGGUGGUGCAGAGCACGACGACGGCGACGACGGGUCCACCAAAGGUUCUUCGCAGACGACGGGUGGCGCAGGCGGUUUCGGCAAGAGGAAGAGCACAAGGCAGCAAACAUUUGAGGCAAUGACGGAGUGCAUGGAGAAGCACGGGGCGUUAAUGGCGUCAACGAUGGAGAGCAACAACAAACGUUAUUGCUCCAUCGCCAUACGUCAGUGCGGGGCGCUGGAAGCGGAGAUCGAAGUGCAGAAAAAGCACUACGAAGCGUCAGACGAAGUCAGCAAGCUUAUGUGUCACGCCUUGCUGGAGAUAGUGAAGGCCAUCGGCAAACGUUAGACGUAGUGUCGCCUCUGUUGUGGUCUCUAUUCGCUUGCAUGGAAUUGGACAGAGCGAAAGUGAUAGUCUUUCCGUC